AUGUCAGCCCCAAAUGAAACCCCUAACGUACCUCGUAAACCAACUGUCAAUGAAGUGAUGCGCACAAUGCGUUUUAAGAAGAAAGUUCCUGCUCAGCCCGCUCCACCACCGCUACCCCCAUCCCCCGGUCCUCCACCAGGUAGCGUUCCUUCGCCUCCUCGACUAGUACACUUUGCAGAUGGAUCAGGAUGGAGAUGGUCCGGCCCUUCACACAAUCCAACCAAUAGAGUGAUCCACCCAUUACCUUCUCGUCCCCAAAAUACUCAAAACUCUUGGUUGCCAGGACCUUUCGACUUUACUGCUCCUUCACAAAUGCCUAACAUCAACACGUCCGCAAACAAUCCUCAUUCACAAGCACAAGGUUCCAACUCGACCCCUAGAUUUCCUCCACGACCUCCUCGUCAAUCAAACAACGCCUCAGGAUCAAUGCCACAAAGCAAUGCUUCGGUCCCUACCACUGCAGUUCCUAGAUCACGGAGAAAUGCUUUGGUACCCCCAUCCGCUUCCACCUCCCAAGAAGGAAAACCCAAGGCCUCGACUGACCAGCCCGUUCAAGGCUCCUCAAGUGGAAAACGUCGCCGCCGAACUGACCCCACCAGUGACGACGAGGAUUCAAACAAGCGAACAUCAAAGCGUCGUGUCAAUAAAGAAAUCAAAAGCAUGGCCAAGAAUUAUAGAUUAAAUGAAUGA